AUGUCGUCAUUACCAAACCAAUUGUUCGGCAACUUGAGCCAAGAGACCAGUGGGUCGCCUGGUGGUCUCCACACCCCUCGCACUCCUGCCAAUACCACCUCGCUCCGCGCUCUGGGUACCUUACGAGGCGCCAGAGCUCCAUCAGGCUCCAGCCGCGUGCGAAACGAUCAAUCACUAUACCCUGGGGCCCGCACUGUGACGACCUCCUCUGCUAAUUGUGCUGACGGUGACAGACGUCUUAGUGAAGACGGGUCUGCAGUCCUUGAUGUAGUUGAUCAAAGACCUUCAAGACCGCUUGUCUCUCACGAGACCGAGCAUCGUGAUUAUGCAAUGAACAACUCCGAGGCUCAAGGGAAUUAUUGCCACAUCGUUCUCAGUGUUGGUCAGGCUAAGAUUCUGUUCGACAUGUCGAACUUGUCCGACAACAUCUUAAAGAUGUCUGACCAAGUAGGAGGGGUCUUGCAGAAGGUUGAGGCUGCCUUGGUCAAAAUCAACCAAGUUUCAGUAAUGGUUGAUGGCAUGGGGAAUACCGUAGAAGGUAUCUCCAACCGCGUUGGUGAACUCACCACUUUGGUUCAAUCCGGUCCAACCAUCCAACCUACUCCUAAUAAUACGGGCACGGUUGAGCCUACUAAUGUUGGACCUUGGUUGUGUUCCACCGAAUUGAGGAGUCCUAUACCACAUUGGAGACUCCCGACCAAGAGUGGCUCACUCACUCCCUUUUCAAUUGUAUCAAGCGCUAUCCACCAAAAACCAGCUCUCAGUCAAUUCCUGCCGCCUCAAGUUAACGGUGUAAGCGAAGUCGCUGCGACUCGCGCUUAUAACUCCGAAAUAAAGAAUGUCUGCAAACACAUUCGUGAGAGGGUUCACCUCAUUCUAUUGACCGAUGUGUACGAUCCAAAAAAACCCUUAAUCCUUGGGGCAGUUCCCAAUCUGAAGGCCAUUGUGCAUUGGUAUGUCUAUUGCAGAUUGCAAUUAAACUGGGCCAAACGGGCGACCAUUCUGACAUCGAGUCAGUUUGGGCGAAUACCAGCGAGCUUGCGCGUUGCCGACUUGCUUACUUCCGAAGAGAGGCGGUUCGGAUUUGUCAAAUAG